AUGCGUACAUUAGGACCAGACGGGAGGCCACAUACCCGCCGCCGCCUCGACGAAGCUGGUCCCUCAAACCCACCACAAGAGCCAGCACAACCACCACCGCAGCCAGUUGGAUAUCCUGGUGGACCAUCAGAUUUAUCUUUACUUGUUCGAUACCAAGACCACAUUGCUCGCCGUUUAUGGUACGGAGAGGAAAGAGGUCCUAAAAAGGAGCUUAAAGUCGUAGGUCAUGGGACGAAGCUCCAGGACAGAGUGCCUCAGAUGCUCCCACCAGAGAUUGAGGAUAUCGUGAGUGGGUCAGGUCUGGCUUCUCUUCAGAGAACUAGCCUGACCAAGAUAGACGUUAACCUCGUCUCAGCAUUUGUAGAGAGGUGGCAUGUUGAGACAUCGUCAUUUCACAUGCCAUUUGGUGAGAUGACGAUUAGAUUAGAUGAUGUUUCCUGCCUGCUGCAUUUGCCUAUCGGGGGUAUAUUCUGGUAUCCUAAUGAGCAUGUCACAGAGGAGGUGGCUGUUGAUCUUGGCUGCGAGUUAUUGGGAGUGGAUAGACAUGCCAUGGCUGUACAUGUGCGUUCAUGUAGGGGAGCUUAUUACUCACUGCAGUGGUUGUAUGACAGAUUUGUGGAGUACCGUGCUGCCGAUAAGACAUUUACUUUGGUUGAGGCCCGGUAUUUGCCACUGUUUAGAGACCUACGUGGGCUCAGUUCCUACAGUUGGGCAUCUGCUGCACUGGCCACUCUUUAUCGCCACCUUGGGGAUGCAUCUAUGUUUAGUUGCAAGCAGCUCGGUGGAUAUCCUACUCUGCUACAGUGUUGGAUACAUGAGUACCUUCCUACACUGGGAAGGAAAGGAGAAAACUGGCGGCCAUCUGAGAACUUUGGGCUUCCGCGGGCGAUGAGAUGGUCCUACAGGCAAGGAGCCAUCAAGGUGGAUGCGUAUAGACCGAUAUUGGACCAGCUGACACCUAUAGAUGUCAUAUGGCGCCCAUUCGAGGAUCAUAGACCUCAUCGAGCUUUUAACGAGCUAUCUUUGUACAGAGGUUUUCUUGUUUGGGGUGAGUUACAUGUGCUAUGCUUACCUGACAGGUGUCUUCGGCAGUUUGGUUAUCGCCAUUAUAUUCCGCCUGCACCUCCUGCUGAUACGCUCAGCAAUGAUGAGAUUGCUGUGGAGUGGAUUGCCUAUGUCCAGAGCGUGUCAGAUGUGAUUAGAGAUACCGAGCCAGUGGGAUACCCUCAUGAGACGGUUGAUCGAUAUUUAGAGUGGUAUUACCGCGUGUCUCAUCCUCAGGUGGUGCCGCCCCCACCUAAUGCGCGUAGAGAGGUUCCAGUUCAUGUCUUUGAUGCAGGACCAGCUGAUCCGGAUUGGGCUCGUGCCUCCACAUUGGUUCACCGUUAUCUCCGGCAGGUAGAGGCAGAGGAGGAUGAUGUCACAUAUGCUGAUUUAUUUGAGGUGUUACGCAUCGCCCAUGAGCACUGA